AGCAAGCCAGCCACUGACUGACUAUACACUACCGCGCGCCGGUCUUGAUUAUGCGGCCUCGUCAUCUCGUCUCAGUUUAAGAUUUGACUCUAAAGUGGGAGGUUGCUGUAUCGCCAGUUUUUCCUCAAAGGUUUUCGCGACGUGAAACAACUUCGAAAAGACAUCGGCAAACGAUAUAAAGCUUUCUGAACUAAAGCCAACAUUUAUUCAAUUCAAUCUGUGUUGGCCCCUUUCGUGUUUUUCGCGUGGUAUUUCUGUUGUUGUUUUGAAUUAUUAUGGCAAAUUCUUUAUGCAUUUCCAAUUUUUAUUAUUAUUUAUUUAUUAUGACUUAUUGAUUGAUUUUGAUUUAAAUGCGAUUGAUACACGAAUCGAUAUCGUGCAAAAUAAAUAUUUGAAAAACCUUGUUGUAUCUUCAAUAAAAGACCCAUAUAAUUUAUAGCCUUAAUUGAUAUACAUAAACAAGAGAGUAUAGAGGUAGUGAGUGAAUGUCACAACAAAAGAAGUUUUCAUUGACAAAGUUCUAAGAAAAAAGAAGAUAAUAUUACUGUGGAAAAAACUUACAAAACCGUUAUAAUUGAAAAAUUGAAGAAAAUCAAAAAAAAAGACGAAGCACACUAAAAAAAUAUUAAACAAGAAAACUAAUUAAAUGAAAAGGAAAUAUUUUCUCAGAUAGUAAUGGAUUGAGGAAUUUUCCUAUCCGGUUCUACUGCCACUGCUGCUGGUCAAAUACACAAAGCUACAUCAGCUUACAGCUUCAGAUCUAAAGGAGUCCCCCGAAAAACCGGUCCAAACGAACCGAGAGAGUUUACUUAGAGUCCCAUUGGGACUGGAACUGGUGGUGCUAAAUCGAGCCGAGUGCCGACUUUUGCCAAAAGGAGUUCGGGAACAGAGAUUCUGGUGGUGCCUUGCUUUACCGUGCACCGUGCCAUAGCUCUGUGUAUAUUUCUUUGCUGCCGUUGCCCGCUUGUGGGCUCAUCGUUCGUUCGUCGUGUAGUUGUUGUUUUUUGUUUUUUUUUUCGUGGCCCAUCCAUGGACUUCUCCUAAUGCUCGACCGAAAAAGACAUUGCCAGCGAGCGCCCACGGCCCACUUCCACUUCACCAUCAUCAAACGAGAAGACUCUUUCCUCGACUAUUGGUUUGGUAUAAGCAGCCCGCAGGAGGAGUUUGUAUAAGUCAUAGUCGGCCGGCCGACCGAAAGUGAUACAUCUCUUCGUGUGUCGUUUUCGUGUACAUUUGGCUCCUUUGCCUCAUUCUUACUCUUCUGUGAUUCCGGCAAGAAUCCAGUAUUCCAGAGUGUAUCAAGAAUCCAGAAUUCAGUGCGUUCUUUGGUAGCUAAUUUUGUUUGUUUUUCUCCCUGGCAUUGGCACUCAGAUCUACAGACAAGGGUCUCUUAAGCCUCCAAACGACUUGUGACCAAAACCUCCUUCUUAACCGUGUAAGUGCGUUUGUGAGCGACUUGUGUGCAAGGUGCGAUAAUGGCUAAAUGAAUGUCUAGUACCUUAGUCUCUCUCUCUCGAAGACCAAAUGGAUGUUAAACGCCUAAAAAUGUGCUUCUUCCUUCGUUUUAUUUCCCAACAGCAACAUAGUGUGGGUGCCAUUGGCAUCACCUUCUUCAACUUUAACGCCGUCGCCUUUGCUACCGCCGCAGGACGACAAAGUUACGAUUUCGUAUUGUGAUUUACUACGAACGUCAGUUGUGUAGUAGUUGUAGAAAUGUCAAAAAGUGUAAAAGAAUAAAUUAGAGCAGGCAAAGAUACCGAAAAUAGAGAAAGAGAUAGAGAUAGAGCAUAAUAAUAACGGAAACUCUAUUAUUCGGGAAAUAUUUUAACAAGUGUAUGAGUGUUGUAAACGUAUAAUUUGCCGUUACACCAAAAAAGUGCAGUGUUAGUUAGUGUGUGUAUCUGUGUUAGUGUAUUCCAUAGUAAUAGUGCCAAAGGCAGCCGGUGUGCGGCGUGUGUGCAGCAAAAAUUAUUCCUAGCUAGUAUGAGGAGCUUUGCAACGUUGCCAGGAAAAUAUAAGGAUUUGCUGUCUUUUGGACUUCUGACAGGCGGCGUAUAGUUUGUUUGGAUUAACUUUUUUUUUUUUUAUGUCGGAUUCUCUAUUUGUUACCAGCGACACUACUACACACUAUCAUAGCAACAAGGAGCUGCAACGACUUAUCUCCGGCUGAAAAUUUGCAGCGACCAGGAGAAGCGAAGAGAAAACCAGCAGCAAGGGAAGAAGGAUAGAAGCAAAAGUGGAAGGACCAUUAGACACAGCGUAGCGUAGAAUAUCGAUUCACCAUGUGCCAUGGAGAAUUGCUUGGGAGGACGGCGCAGCAAACAAAAGCAACAGCCACCACCACCACCACUACUGCCAUCAGCAUCACAGCAGCAGCAACAGUCUUAUAUCCAAAAUCAUCUCUACCCCCAACAUCAGCAUCACCCACAUUCGCAUCUGCAGGCGCAUCAUCAUCAUUACCAGCAGAAGCAUCAUCAGCAGCAACAGCAGCAACAACAACAACAAAACCAACUGUUCCACCAGCAGCGUUCUCAUCACCCGAGUUACCAAAAGUACAGCAGCUCAGGUGCUAUGCCUGAUCGGGUUCCGGGAAGUGGAGGUGCAGGAACUGCACAGCAGCAGCAGCAACAUCAAUCCCAAUCCAUUUUGUACCCCCACUUUCCUCCUUCUCCACUUGAUUAUCCGUCACAAAUGGGCCUGACAACAAAUAUGAAACAGAUUAAUAAAACACCUCCCGCCGCCAGCCCAACGAUAACAGGUGGCGCCGGCAAUGGCAAUGGUGCACCACCAACACAGUCUGGCGGUGUUCAUCAUAUGCAUCACCAUCACACCCAAUCACACCAUAUGAGCGUUGCAACUGCCGUCGGUGAUAGUUCAGCCAAUAUAAAUUCACUGGGUAUGGGUGCAGGGAGUGUUGGCAUAAGUCCAAGUAACCGAAGAAUAAUUCCCCGUUAUCCUGAUGAUCCCAACGCCAUUGAGGUGUGCACUCAGGACAAAGACCAACAGCAGCUACCGAUUUCGAUAAAGUCAUUCCGGGGGAAAAAGUCGUCGUCAUCGGUGAAUGUCUCGACUGGAGGGGCUGUGGCGUCGUCGUCAUCCUUGGGUAACGAUAACUCCACCGCCUCCGUGAAGUGGUCUUCUUCGCAAUCCAAUAUCGGGAUGAUAGAAACAAUGGCAACAACCACAACAUCUCCCAGCCUAAGUAUGGUGCACCAUGCGAUGCACCACCAAGACUACUCGUAUGCCUACUACGAACCGGGAGCUGCAAUGCGCCACUCAAACAUUCCACCACCGGAACAAUUACCUGGCUCCUCGAGACCGCCACCUCCAAACUCCAUCAGAGCACUCCUCUCUAAGGGUAAAAAGAACAAACAGCUGGUUUCACCGGCCACAAGACAGUCCUACCAGACACGUUACGGUGGCACCCAUGAGAAUUUUUACGAAGAAAUUUCCGGAGAAAAUCGCACUCAACAAAUUUCCGCUGCCGCAUCGACCAGUUCUUCGUCUGGAUCGGGUGCAGGAAUGCGAGCCACAACAUCACAUUCAGCCGGUUCACUCAAUCAGUCUAUGGUGGAGGAAGAGUUCCGUCGUGUCCAAAAUCGACAUCGGAAGAUCUUAGGUGAGCUCAAUUUAUCAGUGGAGGCUAUGUUGAUGCCCGAAACUCCACCAAGUGGCAGUCCGACGGAUGAGGACAACCAGCCAUCCACAACAACAUCGAUGGUGGACACAAGAGCAUCCCGCAAUCGUCAUCACGAUGCAAUUUCCGAAGCAAACAUAGCAGAUUUGCUUAGUACGGUUGGGCCGUCCGAUGACCUGCUGUCGCCGGUAGCGACCAAUACCAAUCCAGCAUUUUGCGGUGAUUUGGAUAGUGGCUUUAGUGGCAGUAGUGGGGCAAGUUAUAUUGGAAGUCUUCGUCUCCACAAAACGAAUGCCGCUUUAUCGAAUUUAUUGACUGCCCGUCAGACAGCUACUGCAGCAGCAGCAGCUGCUGCUGCUAACCAGAAUAGGCAUAAUUCGCAGAAUUGUGCGUUUUUUGGAUCGAAUAGUUGUCGUUCGUCGCAACGUUCACAGGACCAGGAGUCGGGGAAUAGUGUUUUCCUUACAAGGACAUCCUGUGGUCAUCGGGUGUUGAAUUGUGCGAAAAUUAAGGCUGCCGAAGAUCCGGGACCAAUUGUGCCAACUGAAUCAAAAGCAAGAAGUUUCUGGAAUCGAAAGGGAUGGCGAAAGCUGCCCGGAUUUUCAUCAACCUCAAGUAUAAACGAUGCGGGAAUUUCUGAUGAGCCAAAACUAAACGCUGGCUCGUGGGAAGAUCCUUUGCCCGUUUCAACGUCGACAACAUCCAUUACAACGGCGCAAUUACAUAAUUCAUCCCUGCGCCGACCGGAUCCCCUGUGCACACGUUCAUCGUACAACGGGAUCCCCAAUCAAUUAAUACUUCCUUCCCAACACCAUCAUCAUCACAGCAAAAGCUGUGGCAGCCCAUCCACUCUAGGUAUCGGUGCCUUAGGUAGCGCAAGUGGAAUUGGUGGUGGCGGCGUCGUUGGAAGUGGCAACAGUGGCGCCGACAUUACAUCAAACAAUAGUUCCAGCAAUUUGGUUGCAAGUAAAUCUGAAACAGUUGUUGGAUGUAAAAAACGCUUGGAACACACCCCCUCGGCCCGAACGAUAAACAGUUCCGAAGAUAGUUGGUGUUCGGAACGAUCCGAACAAGAUCUAUCGUCCGAAGACGAAGAUCAAGAAGAAGACGAUCGAUCGGAACGCAGUGUCACAUCUAAUACAGCCCAUCAGCGCAAUAGCCAACUUCGUUCGACAUUCAAUAAAGCCAAACAACAUUUGUCAUUUGACAAAUGGCGUUCAAGUGGCGGAAGUGGUGGCUCAAACAACAGCAAUUCGUCAACCUCCAAUCAUACUGUACAACAUCAUCAUCAGCAACAGCAACAACACAAUCUGCAGCAGCAUUCAUCUGCCGAUAACAUUAGUGCCAAAAGCAGCACAAUGCCAACAGCCCAUCAUCAUCACCCUGCGCAGGACAUGACGACACCUGGCGAAACGCCAGGCGGACGUCUGUCGCGAUGGUUCUCAAUACGGCGAGGAUCGUCCCAUCAGUACGAUGUGGGCGGUCGAGAUGGACGUAAUUCGUCGUCAAGCAGUAUUGAUACAACUGACGCUAGUACAAUAGAAAAUCAUCCAUCACCCAAAAUAGCAGCAGUUGCAUUGAAUUCAGCAAAAAUGCCAGAACUUCUUGAGAAUGACGAUGAUACAACGCAUGGUUUUGAUUUGGAUCUAAUACUGCCACCUGGCAGUAGAGCCAAUGGAACAGCUCGAACCCAUACCAGACUGAUAACUCCGAUGCUACCGCCUGCCCCUCAAGGUUUGUCUCAGCAACAGCUUAAACGACGCCAUAUCGUUGCGGCUAUUGUUCACAGUGAGAACUCCUAUGUUGCCACACUUCAACGUCUAGUCAAUGAUUACAAAAAACCCCUCGAAGAAAGCAGUCCACCAGUAUUGAGUAGUUCAAAAAUCUCCACCCUAUUCCAUCGUCUGCCCGACAUUCUACAAUCGCACAAAGUGUUUCGCAUAACGCUGGCCGAAUGCGUACGCAAUUGGGAUCGUGACGAAAAGAUCGGCGAUGUAUUUGUGUGCGCCUUCAGCAAGCCCCAGAUUUUGGAAGUAUAUAGUGGAUUCAUAAAUAAUUUCUCAUCGGCAAUGGAAUUAGCCAAAAUGGAAGAGAAACGUAAAUCCGCAUUGGCGGAUUUCUUCAAAGUCAAACAAAUUAGUGCUCAUGAUCGACUUUCAUUUUUUGGCUUGAUGGUCAAGCCAGUGCAAAGAUUUCCACAAUUUAUCUUGUUUCUACAAGAUUUGCUCAAAUAUACACCACAAGGCCAUCAUGAUCGAAUGUCACUGCAAUUGGCUCUGAGUCAAUUGGAGUUGUUGGCAGAGAUGUUAAAUGAACGUAAACGAGAAGCCGAACAGCAUCAGGGUUUCAAGGAGAUGCUGGGUCAUAUAAGUGGCACAUUUAAUACACGUUCGUUGACUUCAAGUGAUAAUAGUCGACCAAGGUAUCUUUUGCGAGAAGAUAACGUCACACAUAUGGAAUUCAAUCAGGCUGGUUUCAUUGUUAAAACGAAGCAAAGACGAUUGUUAUUGUUAAAUGAUAAGGUUAUCUGUGUUUCUGUUGCACCGAAGCAAUCACAUGAUUUUGGUGCUACGGAAAAGCUGUCAUUUAAGUGGAUGUACCCAGUGACCGAUGUGGAAAUUAUUGAUAAUAGUACUUCGGCAACAUUGUCAAGGAUAUUGACCGCAGGUCUAAAUCGAGGAGGAAGUCUUAAAUCGAAUAGCAGCUCAUGCAACAACGACUUGCAAGCCACAAUACUCACAAACGGUGCCGACAAUCUAUGCAAUGAAAUGAGCACACUAAUGUAUGACUAUGAAGUGAUCUCCCGUAUCCAUGAUCUCGUUGGCAGCCUAAAGGGCAACUACAAAGAGCUUAAUUCGAAUACGACACGAAAUCUCUUGAAUACCAUCCAGGGAUCAAUUCAGCGCAAAGACGAAGAAAUGGCUUGGGUUGAUUCGUGUUGCUUGCAGCUAAUUGCACGCAAUAAGUCAGGCAAGGAGGAGACAUUCACAUUCCAGACACAAAAUCCUGCGGUAAAAAAGGAAUGGAUCACCGAGUUGCGGCUAGCCCAGCUGGCCUUGGAUACGAACAAUUCACCGGCAUGGGAAUUAACUGAGCAACACCAUGACCAAAAGACUUCAUCGACAAAGAUGCCACUUUUUGUUAAAGCAAUGCCUGUCUUCAAGUCACAGCAUCAAACGGAGGUUCGCUGUGGAUGUUACUACAGCAUCGCCAAUGAUACAAAAGUGGGAACAGCUCGCAGGCGUUUUAAGAAACAAAACUACCUUUGGGUGUGUACCAGUGAUGGUACCAGCAGCCACAUAGCUGUCCUCUCGCAACAUCACCAGCAGGCUGGAAAUCUCAAGGAUGUGGGCUCUUUUGAUUUGGUCGAGACCCAAGUCAGCAGUAUGGAGUUUGUCAAAGGUCUGGAAAACUGCAAAACCAAGGAAGAGCACAAUAGCCUUUUGGGCGAUCUCAUCUGGAUGGGCACAGAUAGUCGACGUAUCCUUAUUUACUCAGCCUUGAAUCCAGAACAAGAGGAACAAUUGGGCUGUUGUGUUGUUCCUGCGGUAGUUGUCAAAAUAUUGUAUCAUUUUGACUCGGUGUUUGUUGCCUUGUCGAAUGCGACAUUGCUAAUUUAUCGUCGUGCUUAUGAUGGUGUUUGGUUACUGAAGGAACCUCAAGUCGUGCAAUUGGGUGACAGUGCAUUGCCUGUAUCAAGUAUUUUGCCUAUCAACAUGAAUAUCUAUGCAAGUUGUGCGAACCGAGUCUACGUUCUCAAUGCUUUGACUGGUGACAUACAAAAAAGCUUUGAAGUCCAACAUGGAGCCACGCAACAGGUUAAUUUGAUGGCUCAUUCCGGAAUCGGUCUAUGGAUUUCCUUGAAGAAUUCAUCGAUAUUGUGUCUUUAUCAUACAGAAACGUUCAAGCAUUUGCAGGAUAUAAACAUUGCAGCAAGUGUUCUCCGGAGUAAGGGUACCAAAAAAGAGAGUGUCAAUAAUAAUUCAAUUUACGUGACAGCCCUAAUGGCCUGUAAGGGUCUUUUGUGGGUUGGAACAAAUGUUGGAAUUGCUGUUACAAUCCCCUUGCCACGUCUAGAAGGUGUUCCGAUUAUAAGCGGAGGUGUCAGUAUGUCGUGCCAUGCUCAUUUUGGUCCAAUUACUUUCCUAUUGCCAUUAGUAGCCAAACCAUUUUCAAACUACAAACCACCUCUGCCUGUUGUAUUACCAAUGGAAGCACCUCAACAAAAUAUGGGCGAUGAUCUUAUGCUACCUGCUAUUGAUUCUGAUAAAAAAGAUUCUGAACUUGAUGAUUCGGUUGUAAUUUUGCGAAGAGAUUUGAAAGAUGACUCUUUGAAUACAAGCAUGGAUCAAGAAUCACCAAUUCGAGGAAAAUUGGAGAAGCAAAACUCACUUGAUCAAUCGUUUUCAGCAAAAAUCCGAGCUCAAUUAGCAAAUAGUCCAGCGUUAAGUCGAAAACGCUUCCGUGACGCUCUAACCGAUGUAUCUAGAAUGUCUAAAACACUUCCUCGCGGACUGGGUUCGGCUAGCUUCUUCAAUGCGUCAAUGCACUCGAACACAUCAUCGAUACAUCACACUGAUCAUGGAUAUUGUGACGUGUAUGGCCUCUAUGGAAAAUUGAUAUUUGUCAAAGAAGACUAUGAUGCCGAAGAAGGUGCCCAGGGUAAUUUGAUGGACAUGAUGUAUGAAGGUAUGCGAAGAUCUGAUCCUGAACUAGCUGCCAUUCCUGGUAAAGUCAGCACUCUAGAUCGACGUUUAAGAAUGAAAGCCAGUCGACCUAGAUCCCUUGAUUUGUCCAAUUGGUCUGUUGACUCAAAGUCAUCAAGUUUGUAUACAUCUUCAGGCAGUGAAGAAAGUAUGGGCAUUCGUUUGUUCGGUGGUCGAAGUGUCUCCCGCAACAGUAGCAGUGCCAGUCACAAAACAUCCGGAAACGGAAGCGAUUUGGGUAACAUUUCUGAAAAUGGUACAAUCACAGUUGAUGUACAUCACAGUACGCCAAAGAGUGACGACAACUUCAAAAUCCCUCUCAGCGUUUCUGAAUCAACUUCAAAAACUACAUCUAAAACUGGCCAACAUACGAUGGCCGCUGCUGCUAGUGCGACAUUGAAACGAAAGAACAAAGCCAAUGCAAAGAACGCAGCAAUGAGUGUCGAUGGUCCGAGAACAAUAAUUACAUUGAUGGGUGGACGUGGCUAUUGGCGUCAUGUUUGGUAUAACAAUUCGUCACCAAGUGCGAAAACAACAGGAACAACCAGUGGAACUUCAAGUACAAUAUCAAGAGUAGCAAACUCGAAUGAUGCACAUAUUGUUGUGUGGGAAAAGAAAUUAUAAUCCACGGCUAGGCCAGAAUUGUUUGGCCAUCGUCUGGGAUUGAGGGGACUUAGGGUACGAUUUAAAUGAUAAAACUAUCAUCAUAGUCUUUAUAAUUUUUUUGGUUAAAAGGGCUUUUAUGAGGAGAUUUAAUGUUCACAAAGCAAAAUACGUUUUGUUUGAUUCCAGUGAGAUAUUUCUUAUUUUUUUGUUGGUUUUAAUUGAAAACCUACGUCGACGAAUUGUAUACAAUUUUCGAUCAUAAGGGUCCAAGUAAAAAUAUGUUGACUACAUAUCCUGCUUUUAUUUUGUGAUAAAAUUUAAUGAAAUUUUAUUGAAAUAAUUGCAUUUUUUUCUUUUUUACCAAGCACAAACGCAAACUGUAUUCUCCUCCUCGUGAAUGCCCAAACUUUGUACAGAAACAAUUUAAGCACACAGAAUGUAGAUAUAUCUAUCAUUUUCAAUUUAACAUGUAAUUGCUUCACAAUAGAUAGUAGUUAUAAAAUCUAAAUAUAUUCAAAAUAUUUACUGUUAUUUUUACAAAUUUUUUUUCACCAAUUUAUAAGCUUUUUGUAAAUAUUGUAAAAUUGCAAACCAUGAAAUUUGAUUUUUCAUUUAAACAAUUUUUUUUACAAAAAUAUAAACAUACCUACAUAAAUAUGUCUCGUUUAUAUAUAAAGUUAAAUAAAUACAAACAAAAUGGCGCAUAACAAAUAACUAAAAUGUGGUUUUUAUGGUCGUUUUGCAUACAAUAUCUACGAAAUAUGUUAAUUUUGUGUAUUUAAAUUAAAAUACAAUUUACAAAAAAUGAUAAAAUAUAUCAACAAAUUUUGUUAAACAAUUGCACACAUAACAACAAAUAUUUUUGAAUACCUAGUUUUUUA